UCAAACAUUGUAGUAAGCUUUCCAACAUCAUGCUACCUGCACUUUAUCCCGGCCCUGCUGGGAGGUCCCCUGUGCUCCUUCAGUAGGUUUCAGUCCUAGACAGUCUUGUGGUGUUCUCCCCUGAGGGACUCCAGCCAAUGCUGCCUCAGUGUGCUGGCCUGGUGGGGGCUGCUCAGAGGGCUGUCCAUGGGCUGCCUGCCUCAUGUCUGGGUGUGGGUCCUGUGCCUGCCCUGCUAUUUGUACUGGGUGCUGGAUGAGGCCCUCCUGGACCUGGCAGGCUUUGGGCCAAAGGCAGGCCAGAGAGACCCCUACAACUUGUGGAUGUUGGAGAACAGCCUUUGUCUGGGCAUCUUCACUAGAACCUGGAACAAGAGACGUUACUGGUUGAGGAGACUUGUCUUCCAGUGCUGCCUGGCCCAGCCACUCCCUGCCACCUUCAUCUUCUCCACCUGCUGGCAUGGUCUCGGACUCAGGCAGGUCUUUGGUUUCCUGUGCUGGGCUUUCAUGGUUGAAGAUGACUACUGCAUCCAUCCCUUCCUCUGCACUCAGGCUGUGAAGCUCCUCCACCAUGGUGAAAACUGGGUCAUUGCUCAGCUCAUCAUUGCCUUCAUCCUGGUGACUGUAGAGACCAAGAGCUUCUCCAUACUCUGCCUGCUCUGGACUUACUGCAGCAGCAUCCUUUCCAUAUCCUGUGGCUGUGUGCUAUUCCUGCUUGCCAAGAAGCCAACACAGAACUGA